AUGCAAAUAAGACGCACUCUCAGUUCUUUUGGCCGCUAUAGUGCUGAUGCCAACAGAGAGACUUCAGCUUCUGCAGCGUUUCUAUCAGGCUCAGAAUUGUGGAGCUCUUUACCACCUACACACAAAAGUACUUUAACUUCAAAAACGACUCUCACUAUUUACCAAAAAACCAAUGACAAAGCAGGAAAUAUCCCUAAACUGUUUCCAGGACAAAUUUGUGUUUCUGAUAGCAAUCCUGACGUUCUCCAAUGAAAUUGGUCUAAUGAAGAGUCCUUGAAUUCUUUUAAUUUGAUGGAAAUACAAAAAAAUCAGUCAGAAGAUAAAGGUUACCUUUGUGGAGUAAAAGCAUUUGAUAAAAUUUCCAAGUUUCUUUCCCCACAAAUCACAAUUUCCCCACAGCAGGUGGUGGCGUUUGUAACUAAUUGGGAAGUUCUUGCCUUUUUAUUUGAAGAUAAAGCUGUAUGCAAAAACUGGGCUGCUGCUUUGAACGAGCUAUUGGAUGCUUUGGAACAAACUGAGAAACGACAGACUUUAGAUCAUAAGCGAACAACUUCAGAUUUUAUUGGAUAUCCACAGAAAGUUGAAGUUGCCCAAAGUUCAUCUUCUGCCAUUUUUGAUAUAAGUGAGCCAAAUCCCCCAAAUGAGAUGUGGAGAGAUAUAAAAGUGACCCUAGGAAGAGGAAAUGGGGCGUCCUCUAUAGAGUACUUUAUAUAUGACCGAACCCAGGCAAAUUUGUAUGAUUCCAUCAGUGAGUUGAUAAAAAUCAAUCAGGAUACCCUCGACAACACAAAUUUGCAGCUACUAGAAGGAUAUUUGCGUGACAUUACCAGGUGGGAAAUUAUGGAUCGUCUUAAUCAUAGUGACUCAGUGAUAAAAAUUCGAGACAAAAUGGUGGAUUUUUCCAAAUAUAAAAGAAAGUUCAAUAGAACUUUGAAUCAUGAUUAUGUGGAAUUAAACGGAGAUUACAUGUCUAAGGAGCUAAUAGCUCACAUGAAACUCUAUGAAAAAUUUGACUAUGGGGACAGGGUGACUGAUGUAAUUCAGUUGAUUUAUAUGCAAAAACUCAGUCUGGCCAUUGACAUGCAUGAGGUCUGUGUAAAAGCAAAAAUAAAAAAAUUGGCUGGAAAGCCCAGCAUUGAUAAUAUUGGGAAGCUUGAUAGCAUUGUGAAAGAAUCCAGCGUAAAGAAGAAAGAAGUAAGAGAUGAUGUAAGCAGAAUGCUUGAAGAAAUUGUGCAGCAGAGAAAUAACUCAACUAAUGACCUUCCAGAAAGCAGCGAUAAGAAGUCAUUUUUUAGAGAAGUAUGCGAAUGUAGACUGAUGUAA